AUGAAUUACCAGGAAAUUGGAAACCAUAGCAAAGUGACUGAGUUCAUUCUCGUGGGCCUGUCUAGCCACCCCACACCCCAGAGUAUUCUUUUCUGGGCACUGAUGUUUCUGUACACAGUAACUUUGGUAGGAAAUGGCGUGAUCAUUUUCCUGGUGGCAGCCAGUUCUCAGCUGCACACCCCGAUGUAUUUCUUCCUUGGGAACUUGUCUUUCCUGGAUCUUCUGUUCUCCACUAGUGCUGUGCCCCUCAUCAUGGUAAACUCACUGAAGAACUUCCCUACCAUCUCCUAUAGCUCCUGUUUUGCGCAGCUUGCCAUCCGGGCCUUCUUGGCAUUGGCUGAGUGUUUUCUUCUUGCCAUUAUGGCUUAUGACCGAUUUGUAGCUAUUUCAGAUCCACUACGGUAUAACCUGGUCAUGUCUUCUCAAGUGUGUCUUUUAAUGGCUUUGACUGCCUGGAUGACAGCCUUCACGCUCACCAUUACCCCCAUUCUGCUCUUUCCCAUCAGUUUCUGUGGGCAUAACACAGUCAAUCACUUCUCCUGUGAGGUCCAAGCCAUCUUUAAAUUGCUGUGUUCCAAUACCUUUUCCCUAGAGAUUAUGAUGAUGGCAUGUGCUGUCAUUUCAAUGCCACUACCUUUAAUUUUCAUUCUUAUCUCUUACCUUUUUAUCCUCAGGGCUGUCUUAAGAAUCCGCCCAACUGAGGCUAGGUUUAAAGCUUUUUCCACAUGUGGCUCUCACCUGACUGUGGUCACCAUCUACUUUGGGACACUAAUAUAUAUUUACGUGAGACCCCAGACCAAGAAGUCCCAAGAUGGGGACAAAAUUGUCUCUAUAUUUUAUGCAGCAGUGACCCCAAUGUUAAAUCCCCUCAUCUACACCCUGAGAAAUAAGGAUGUAAAAGAUGCUCUCGGAAGGGUAACUUGUGGAGCCAAGUCCUGA